GAUCCAAAAAAGCUCGACCCCCCACACAACAAUGGCGGCUUCAACCGCUCCCUCCCACCUCCUCCCCCGCCCCACCCCCCUCUCUUCCUCCUCCUCCCUCUCGCCCCAUCGCUUCCUCCUCCUCUCCCCUUCCCCCUCCUCCGCCGCCGCCCCCCUCCGCCGCAUCAGUCGCCUCCGCCUCGUCGCCUCCGCCGCUGCCGGGGGCGGGGCCGGGGCGAAGCCCACGGUGCUCGUCGCCGAGAAGCUCGGGGCGGCGGGGCUCGAGCUGCUGAGGGAGUUCGCGAACGUGGAUUGCUCCUACAACCUCACCCAGGAGGAGCUCUGCACCAAGAUCUCGCUCUGCGAUGCGCUCAUCGUCCGCAGCGGGACCAAGGUCGGGAGGGAGGUGUUCGAGUCGUCCAAGGGGCGCCUCCGCGUCGUGGGCCGCGCGGGGGUCGGGAUCGACAACGUCGACCUCGCCGCCGCCACCGAGCACGGGUGCCUCGUCGUCAACGCCCCCACCGCCAACACCGUCGCCGCCGCCGAGCACGGCGUCGCCCUCCUCGCCGCCAUGGCCCGCAACGUCGCCCAGGCCGACGCCGCUCUCAAAGCCGGUAAAUGGCAGCGUAAUAAAUAUGUCGGUGUUUCACUUGUUGGGAAAACACUUGCGGUUCUUGGAUUUGGAAAGGUUGGGUCAGAAGUGGCAAGGCGUGCCAAGGGCCUAGGGAUGCAUGUGAUUGCACACGAUCCUUAUGCCGCUGCAGACCGUGCACGUGCAAUAGGAGUGGAAUUGGUUUCCUUUGAUGAAGCUUUAGCUGCUGCUGACUUCAUCUCGUUGCACAUGCCUCUUACACCUUCGACAUCGAAGAUAUUAAAUGACGAAGCUUUUGCAAAGAUGAAGAAAGGAGUUCGGAUUGUAAAUGUCGCUCGUGGCGGUGUUAUUGACGAGGAAGCUCUUGUUAGAGCUCUAGAUUCAGGAAAUGUCGCGCAGGCUGCUCUUGAUGUCUUCACGGAAGAGCCUCCUGCUGCAGACAACAAGUUAGUGCUGCAUGAGAAUGUGACAGUUACACCACAUCUUGGUGCCAGCACUGUGGAAGCACAGGAAGGAGUGGCGAUCGAAGUAGCUGAAGCUGUUGUUGGAGCCUUAAAAGGGGAGCUUGCUGCUACUGCGGUAAAUGCACCGAUGGUUCCUGCUGAGGUCCUGUCAGAGCUUGCCCCAUUUGUGGUACUGGCAGAAAAGCUAGGCAAGCUAGCCGUGCAACUUGUAUCUGGAGGCAGUGGCGUGAAAUCGGUGAAGGUGACCUAUGCAUCUGCACGGGCCCCCGACGAUCUCGACACCCGCCUGCUCCGCGCCAUGAUCACGAAAGGUCUAAUCGAGCCUAUCUCUAGCGUCUUCAUCAAUCUAGUCAACGCCGAUUUCACGGCCAAACAGAGAGGCAUCCGCAUUAUAGAGGAGAGGGUCGUGCUCGACGGUUCGCCUGAAAACCCUCUCGAAUUCAUUCAAGUCCAGAUCGCCAAUGUCGAGUCCAAAUUCGCGAGCGCCAUGUCUGAGACCGGAGAGAUUAGCGUGGAAGGGAGGGUUAAAGACGGGAUACCUCAUCUGACAAAAGUGGGAUCAUUCCAAGUGGAUGUCAGCUUGGAAGGAAGUUUGAUUCUUUGCCGCCAAGUCGAUCAGCCCGGAAUGAUCGGAACAGUCGGAAGCAUCUUGGGCGAGCAGAAUGUGAACGUCAGUUUUAUGAGCGUCGGUCGAAUCGCCCCUCGCAAGCAUGCCGUUAUGGCGAUUGGCGUCGACGAACAACCCAAUGCCGAAACUCUCAAAAAGAUUGGGCAGAUUCCGGCCAUCGAAGAGUUUGUUUUCCUCAAGCUUUAACGAACUUAAAAAAAACCUAGUUUUUGAGCGACCGUUACCGAUAUUCCUAAUGAAGCUACAUGGGUUCCUUUACGGUGAGUUAUCGAAUACCGCUUUUGUUCAACUUUGAUAUUUGUUUUGCACUCAUCUGCUUUAAUGUCGUAGAUUGCCUGCAAAAUUUUUUGUAGUUCAUAGGAACUUAUUUGCCUCCUCUUAGAUGGGAAGAAAUAAAGAACGAUUGAGAUUUGGUUUGUGUGUUUUUCGGAAUCUCUUAAUGAAAAAUGUAUUCAUUUGCUUGAUCACAA